AUGCACUGGGAGGGCUCGGAUCAGAAGAGAGCGGCGGGGAUCCUGGCGGCGGCGGGGGUCCUAGCGGCGGCGGUGCGCGAGGCGAAGCUGUGGUACGCCGACUCGUCGAUCAUCCGCGACCUGGACGGGUUCGAGCUCUGCUGCGGCAACGGCGGCAUCACGAGGAAGACUGGCCACUCCAGCGAGGACCUCACCACGCUGCCUGGCAUGGUGAUGGCUCUCUUCGGGGUCUUCCGCGUCAAGCCCAGAGGGGCCUUCUGGUCGUCGCCCGAGUGCAAGACGUGGCUCAACAUGUGCAUGGGGCACACGAGGCGCAGCAAGGGCGACCUGCUCGGCGACAUCAGCAGGACCGACGUCAAGGAGGCGAACCACAUUGCCCAUUUCCUGCGGGGAGGAAGCAUGCUCUUCCCGACCCUGCGGCUCUCGGCGGUGGACCCCGACUGCUACAAUUUCACUACCUACCUGGGGUGGUUCGGGGCCGAGAGCGUGAAACCGCUCACGCUCUUCACCAACGCGCCGCGCGACACGGUCGCGCAGUACCUGAAGUCGCCGGGCAGGAAGGCCGCGACGAUCAAGGUGCAGGAGGCAGCUGGCAAGAAGCUGUACAAGGUGGAGACCAGGCGGUCCACGGCUCCGCGGAAGAACGGCUGGAGGGCUGAGUGGGUCACUGGCGCUAAGCCCGAGCAGAAGGCGUCGGAACAAUAUCCUGCGGCCUUCUGUGAGAUGGUAGGGCGCCUGGUGCUCGAGCGGCGGUGGCAGGCUGGCCCGCCCGGCAGCUGGGCUGGCCCGCUCGGCAGCUGGGCGGGCCCGAUCAUGGGCCUGCUCUGCGGGCGAAGCAGCAACGGCAUGCGGCUCCACAGGAAGAUGCACGAGCUGCCCGGCCUUGACGAGCUCCUGCCGCCGGUGAACGACAAGUCCAGGUCCAAGUCGCUCUCGCCCUUCAGGUUCUUCGACCACUCGAAGACGCCGCAGCGCGAGAGGGGCGGCCACCAGCAGGACACCAGCCUGAACGAGUACCCGCUGCCGAUCGACCUCCUGACGGUCCUCACGGACCGGGAGGCCCCCGAGCCGCGGGCACCCUGCGCGGCCUUCGAGGAGGCCCCGCAGGGCGAGAACCCCGAGAAGCCGCUCCUGGCGGUGAAGGAGGCGGGCACGUCGCCCGGCCGCGAGAGCACGCUGCCGAGGCCCAGGAGCCUGAGGCGCAGCGGCCGCCGCAGCGUGUCGCGCAAGUCGAGGACCAGGCGGUGCAGCGCCUCCCUGCGCAACAUCCUGAGGACGGCCGGCGGCGAGCGCGGGGCGGCCGAGGCCUGGGAGGACGAGGCCCCAGCCCACGAGCGCACCGUGGGCGCGACCUCGUACAUGCCCGUGCUGGCGGCCGACGGCUUGGCGGCGGCGGGCCACCCGAGCCGCCCCGGCGGAGGCAGCUGGGACUGGCCCCUCUCCCGGCUCGACCAGAAGGCCCGGCUCCUCAUGAUCGACCGCGAGAUGCUGCUGCUGGAGCGGGAGGAGUUCCUGGAGCAGCUGCAGCGGGCCUCCGCCGCGGCGGCGGCGGCGCCCGUGGCUGGGAGCGCCUCCGGCGCCCCGCGGCGUUCGACGGGGUCCUCGCGCGCGCGGUCGCGGAGGAGCCCGAAGGAGAGCCCGCUGCUGGGCGGCGAGCUGCAGGCCAGCCCCGGCAAGGGCACCGUGCAGCACUCCCGGGCGGCGGUCGGCAUCGGCGGCGGGUGA